AUGCCAAAGAAAAAAAGAUCAUUUGAUAAGAGACGGCAACGUGAAAGAGACAGAGAUAGAAAAAGGCAGGCGAGACUUGAUGCUAGAGAUCCGUCACUAGAUGAGACACUGACAGAGAGUUCUGUUUCUUGUGGGACAGAGCAUGGAGCUGAGAUAGCUCCUCCCGGUAAUUUUCCGGGGCUUGGUUCAAUGGGGUUGCCACCUAAAGAGGAAAAACCCCUGGCCAGGGUGCAGGCCUCACCUCGAGUGAAAAUGCAUUCACCUGCCCCGAGGUUGCCAUCUCCUCGGGGAAGUCGUCUGUUUGUCCGUAACGAGGACAAGGCACCGUCCCCUGACUCCCCACCGUGGGUUUGUGCUCCACCGAGGGCACCUGGAUCGGACAUGGGGCAUAUGUCUGGUCCAGCAGGUCAGGCGCAGCUGGAUACCUCCAGGGAGGAGGAGACCAGUAGGAUAUCAAAAGAUGAGGGCACUUUAACGAAUAUUAAAACUGAGUCUGAACGAAUAUUGAAAGGAAAUUUGAACGAAUACAAUAUAGAAUCUGAAAUGAAAACAAAUAGAAAUGAGAAAGAAAACAAUGAGAAAUAUACUCUUUCAGAGAAAAAUGAAGAAGAGAAUAUGAAAAGAAAUGCAGAUCAACGUUGGCAGACAUCGUCUAAAGGCAUUUACUAUAAUAUAUCCAACUCAAUUCAGGGCUCUUUUCAUCAAGCUCAUCCUAUGUUUGAAGAGAAUGCUGGGACACAGUGUGUUGCUAAUUGUUUAGCAGGGUUGGCAUACCACAAACUUAAAAAUGCAAAGAGCUGGAACACAGCAGACAUGGACAGAAUUUUAAUGACAGGUGAUGAAUUGUACACAUAUCUACAAAGAUGUUCAUCAAUCAAUGAUAGGUAUUUGCUAGUAGAUGAAUUACCUCAACACUUUGAAUGCUUUAAUAGAUCAUAUGAAUUCCAUGCAAGUGAGACAUAUGCGAGUGUUGUCAUUGCAGAUGAUAGUUUAAACUAUGCAGAUUUUAAUGCCCUACCACUGUUUGAUGCACUUAGACUUGCUCUUACAGACACUGAUGGCUGUUUUGUUUGCUUUGGGGGAAAUACUAUGCUAGUAGGAUUAACAGAGAGUGGCUAUUUUGCUUUUGACUCCCAUUCUAGGUCUUCUGAUGGGAUGUUAAGUGUUACUGGAAAGAGUACAAGAGUUUUAUUGGAAAGUGAACAUGAGGUGUUUUCAUAUCUUCAAGACCUUGCUCUGUCAAUGGGAUAUUCAAAGGAUGUUGAAUGUAAUUUGAGUGGUGUGACCUGCAAAAUGAGUAUGGCAAAUGUAAGCGGUUUGCUUGAAAAUGAAGAAGAUAUUGGAAAAAUAUCUGAAAUUACCAAUAUUUCCUCAGAGAUUAUUGCUGAAACAAGUAAUAUAGAUGAUGAAUUGAUUUUAAUUAGUCAUGAGCAGUCUCAGUUUAGUUUUAUGCCACUGAGUACAGGUUUGAAGAAACAUUUGUGUCAAAAUUUGAACAUUCCAUUCAUUUGCAUUGACAAUUUUUGUGACAGCCAAUGCACUGAAACUAAUAUCUCAGACCCAAUGUUUGAAAAAGAAAUUUUAGGAGAUGGAAAUUGCUUCUUUAGAGCUAUUUCAUUCAGUCUUACAAACUCUGAGGAUUUUCACAAUGUUAUAAGGAACUCUGUCUGUGAGCAUAUGAUUGAAAACAAAGAGUUAUUUCAGUCAUUUCUUAAAGAUGGUGUACAGUCUGUGGAAAGCCAUCUUUUGUCUACUGGAAUGUCACGAGAAGGUACAUGGGCUACCGAGGUUGAAAUAUUUGCAAUGGUUCAUUUACUGAACGUUGAUAUAUACACAUACUCUGAGCAACGUUGGUUAAGGUUUUCAGUUGAUGAAGUAGAACCAAGUAUGCAAAGCAGAAAUGGGGCUAUUUACUUGAACCAUCAGCAGCAGAAUCAUUAUAAUGUUGUAAUUUCGGUCACUGGAGAGGAAUCAGACUUGACACAGUUGCAACAGAGUAAGAAUCGCCAUGAAUAUAAAAAACGAUAUCAAAACAGGACACGUAUGCAGGAAAAGAGGCAAUCUACAUCAGAAAUGCAGGGAAAAGUGAGUGCUGCAGAAAGAAGGAAACAUACUUUAAGAAAGAGAUACCAUGAAGAUAAACAAUAUAAAGAGAAAAAACUGAAAGUAGCGUCAAUCAGAUAUGCAACAGAUGAUGACUUUAAGGAAAAUGUCAAAAAGAAAAGUUUUGACAAGUAUGUAAUAGAUGAUGAAUAUAAGGAAAACACCAAGAAGAGAAGUAUUGAGAGGUAUGCUACAGAUUAUGAUCACAGGGAAGAUGUGAAAAAGAGAAGUAUUGAGAAGUAUGCUGCAGAUUAUGAUCACAGGGAAGAUGUGAAAAAGAGAAGUAUUGAGAGGUAUGCAACAGAUUAUGAUCACAUGGAAGAUGUGAAAAAGAGAAGUAUUGAGAAGUAUGCAGCAGAUUAUGAUCACAGGGAAGAUGUGAAAAAGAGAAGUAUUGACAAGUAUGCAACAGAUCAUGAUCACAGGGAAGAUUUGAAAAAGAGAAGUAUUGAGAGGUAUGCAACAGAUGAACUGCACAGGGGUAAUGUUAAAAUGAAAAGUAUUCAGAAAUAUGCAACGGAUGUUGAACACAGAGAAGAUGUAAAAGCAAAAAGCAAACUGAGGUACAAGUCUGAUGAAAUGCACCGGAAUCUAGUGAAUGCAGCAAGUACAAAGAGAUAUAGGGAGAAUGAAAUCUUCAGAGAAACAAAGCUCCAAGCUGCAGCUGAAAAAUAUGAAAGUGAUGAAUCUUUUAGGUCAAAUAUUAAAGCUACUAGUAAAAAUCUAUAUCACUCCAGUGCAAUAAUAAGAACACAAAAAAAGGAAAGAGUAAAAAGUCAAAGAGUUGCUCAGCAAGAAAGAAUGGAAAAUCAGGAAGAGGUAGUAAGAAUAUUCAAAGAAAAGGUUAUGCUUGGAAUUGAUUAUUCGUGUUGUUGUUGUGAUCGGCUUUUGUUUCAAAAUCAAGUUCAAAGAUGUGACCCAGAAACAUAUGUCAAAAAUGAACGGGCAGCAAAUAUUGCAGAGAUAUGCAUUCAGAAAAGGUAUAGCCACCAGUGUACAGAAACAUGUCCUGAGAACUGCAUUAAGUCAAAGUUAUGGAUUUGUUAUACAUGUCAUAGAAAAAUAUUGAGUGGUAAACUUCCAGCAGAAGCAGCAGCUAACAAAAUGGCUCUUGAAGAUGUUCCAAAAGAAAUGAAAGAAUUAAACACCCUAGAGAAACAUUUAAUUGCUUUACAUAUACCAUUUAUGAAAGUUAUGGCUCUUCCUCACGGCGGUCAGAAAAACAUCCAUGGACCAGUUGUAUGUGUACCAUCAGAUCUGAAGAAAGUCACAAGUUUACCAAUGAGGCCGGGAGAAGAUCUUCUAUUAAGAGUUAAAUUGAAGAGAAAGUUGAAUUACAAAGGUCACAGUGAAUACCAGUUUGUUGACCCAAGGCACAUAUUUGAGGCAUUAAAAUAUUUAAAGCUGAACAAUCAGUGGUAUGAAGAUGUAGCUGUAGAUGCAAACUGGACAGAUGACUUUGACUGUUCUCAGGAAGUUAUGGAAAAUGAUGAUAAUAUAUCGGAGGAGGACGAUCAGCAACACAUUGCAGCAGACACUUGUUUACAGCCAGUUGAUAUUGCUCAGGAGGUUCUUGAUCAUUACUUUGAUGAUGUCUAUGAUAUUGCUCCAGGAGAAGGAAAUAAUCCAGUGCGGAUGUUACAAGAAGAGGGAAAUGAAGCUAAGACCUUUCCAUACCUAUUUCCGACCGGACGUUUUUCAUGGAAUGACAACAGAGAUACAAGAAUAACAUUGUCACGAUACUUCAACAAUCGACUAAUGAAUACUGACGACAGAUUUGCAAAAGACAGUAGUUAUGUUUUCUUUAGUCAAUAUAUGUCCGAUUUAAAUCAGGUUAUUGAGAAGACGCAGAUAUCAAUUAGAAAAUCAGUCAAGAGAAUGGGAAGUGAUCAAAAUGUAACAGCAAGCAUGGUACAAAACCCUGAAGUACUCUCAAAAUUGAUGAAAAAUGAUGAGGCUUUGCGAUUCAUGCAGCCAAUACGUGGAACACCAGCAUAUUGGUCAGCAGCACAAAAGGAUCUCUUUGCUAUGCUUCGACAGUUGGGGAUACCUACUUGGUUUUGCUCGUUUUCUGCUGCAGAACAUAGAUGGAAUGAUGCAGUUGCAACAAUAUUAAGACAACAAAAUGAUAACAGAGAUCCUUGCAAUUUGGACUGGUCUGAGAAAAAUGAGGUGUUGAGAAGCAAUCCUGUAACAGUUGCUAGAAUGUUUGAGCAUAGAUUUCAUGUUUUUCAGACAGAAGUUAUAUUUUCACCAUCAGAACCAAUUGGAAAAGUAUCGGAUUAUUUCCAAAGAGUCGAAUUUCAACAAAGAGGAUCACCUCACAUGCAUUGUUUAUAUUGGAUAGAAAAUGCUCCAAAACUUGAUGAGGAUGGAGAAGACGCUGUGUGCAAUUUCAUAGACAAAUACAUCAGUUGUGAAAUGCCCUCUGAGAAAGAAGAUUUAACUCUCAGGAAUAUUGUGUUAGCUGUACAACAGCACAGCAAAAAACAUUCGAAGUCUUGCAGAAAGAAAGGCACAGACUGUAGGUUUAAUUUUCCAAGACCACCUUCUGUAUCUACUUUCAUCAAUUCUCCACUUGAGGAAGAAAACUUAGAAAAAGAUCCUGAGGUUGCGGCAACUGAAUUGAAACAUAGAUCAACAAUUGCUAAAGAAACUCUGUUACAAGUUUGGGAAGAAGUGCAAGAGGAAGCAAAGGAAAAGGAAACAACAGAAGAAAUUUUUGAACGUCUAGGUUUGACACAAGAGCAGUACGAGGAAGCACACAAAAUCCUAACUAAAAAGAGAUCAGUUGUUCUAAAAAGAAAUCCAUUUGAGCUGUGGAUCAAUCAGUACAAUCCGUGCCUUUUAAAGUGUUGGGAUGCAAAUAUGGAUAUUCAGUUUGUUUUAGAUCCAUUUAGUUGCAUUGUCUAUAUAAUUUCGUAUAUUUCAAAGUCUGAGAGAGAAAUGGGGAUGGUGUUGAAACAAACAAAGAUAGAGGCAGAAGAGGGAAAUGAAAGUGCACGCUCCACCUUAAAGAAAAUAGGAUCUGUCUAUUUGAAUCAUAGAGAAGUGAGCGCACAGGAAGCUGUUUAUCGCGUUUGUAACUUGAAAAUGAAAGAAUGCUCAAGGAAGGUUGUGUUUGUUCCUGUGGGUGAUAAUCCUACUAGACUGACUAAACCAUUGUCGCAACUGAAAAGAAACCCUAGGAACGAUGAAGAUAUUGAGAAUGACGAUGAGGAAGAUGAUAUUUGGAUGACAAAUGUGGUAGAAAGGUAUGAAAAUCGACCAAAUAAACCGUUGUUUCAGAACAUGUGUUUGGCGGAAUUUUGCUCAGAAUUCAGAAUACUCGCUAAAUCACAGGUACCAAAGACAAAGAAUGAAAAUGUGUUUGAACUUCAGAAUUCAAAGGGAUUUAUACAAAGGAGAACACGUACAAAACCUGCUGUCAUAAGAUACCCAAGAUUCAGUGCAGAUAAAAUGCCAGAGAGGUAUUACCGAUGUAUGCUACAGCUUUUCUUGCCAUAUUGGACAGAUGCUCAAUUAAAACCUCCAGGAUUUGAUCUCUAUGAAACAUUUUAUGAAAAUGGACAUGUACGAAUAACAGGAAGGCAGAAAGUGCAGUUAGUCAAAUCCAUUGUUGACUCGAACCGAAUGCACUAUGCUCAAAAUGAAGAUGUGAUUGCAGAGGCCCAAGAAACCUUCGAAGACAUAGGAGAACCAGAAGAUGCAUGGGCAAACCUUUGUCCUGAGACAGAACUAAUGAGACAGGAAUGUUCUGCCAUGAGAAAUGAACGUUUAGAUUUGAAUGUAACAGAAGAAUUGCCAGAUAUGCAAACAGAAAAUAAUUCCGAUGUCCUUUACAAGGUUCAACAGAAUACACAUUCAAAAGAGGAGAUAUUCCAGAUCUUACAGAAUUUAAAUGAGACGCAAAUGAAGGUAUUUUAUGUUGUGCGAGAGUGGUGUUUGAAGGAAAUUUUUGGGAAAAAACCUGAUGCAUUGCACAUUUUUAUAACUGGUGGAGCAGGAACAGGCAAGAGUCAUCUUAUCAAAGCUAUACAUUAUGAGGCAUCGCGAAUCCUUGGGAAAAAUUUGACAUCUCCUGACAGUGUUACAGUGCUUCUUGCCGCUUUCACAGGAACAGCUGCGUUUAACAUCGGAGGGAAUACUAUCCAUCAUCUAUUUUCCUUGCCAAAAUAUAUGCCUUUGCCAUAUGAACCACUGAGGGAACAGAGUUUAAGUGAAAUGAGAGUUCAACUUGGAGAUCUGCAAAUUUUAGUUAUUGACGAAAUUUCAAUGGUGUACAAAAGAUUAUUAUACUAUGUCCAUGAAAGACUUGUACAGAUUAAGAAGUGUAAAGAACCAUUUGGAGGAGUGUCAGUGAUUGCCGUGGGAGAUUUUUACCAGCUACCUCCUGUUAAACAGCGCAAAGACGAAAGACUGUAUAAAAACAAUGUUCUUUAUCCUGUAGAUUAUUGGCUUGACUUCUUCAAAGUAGUGGAGUUGACCAAAAUUAUGAGACAACGUGAGGACAUCCCAUUUGCGACAGCACUUAAUUCACUUCGGAGUAGAGUAAUAAAACAACAACUGGAAGAAGAAACAAAAUCUAUUUUGAAUGAAUGUGUAAGGGAAGGACCAGUAGAUGUCCUCCAUGUUUAUGCAACAAAUGAGGAAGUCAAUGCCUUUAACUUAACAAUGCUUAAGAGAACCUGUGAGGACCUUGUUGAAAUUGAUGCGCAAGACUUUACAAAAGAUCGAACAACAGGAAUUCUAAGCUUAAAAAGUAAGCCAACUACAAGGCCCAAAACAGACAAUCUUUCUAGCAGUUUGUUAAUGGGUGUUGGUGCACGAGUCAUGCUUACACGAAACUGCAAUGUAGAUGAUGGCCUUGUAAAUGGAGUUAUGGGACAUGUUUCACAUUUUGUAUAUGGUGAAAAACACGUGGAAAAAACUAUUGUUGCAAUAGGAGUAAUAUUUGACAAUAUCAAUGUUGGUAAGAAGUCCGGAAGGAGAACAAAAGAUGGAAACGUUGUUCUGAUUGAAAGAGUUCAAGAGGAACUACUAGAACAAAAAACAAAGAAUGUUGUAAGACACCAGUUUCCAUUACGAUUGUCUUGGGCGUGCACAGCUCACAAAGUACAAGGAAUGACAGUUGACAAAGUUGUAGUAAAUUUAGACAAAACAUUCUCUCCUGGACAAGGAUAUGUGGCACUGAGCAGAGUAACAUCGAAAGGAGGCUUGUUUAUUGAAACAAACAAUGCAGAAUCGUUGCAGAACAAAAUAUACGCUGACCCAGAAGUCAAAGCAGGUUUGCUAGAGAUGCCACAAUUGACACUACCAAGCUUUGAUACAUUAGACCAAGGCAUUAUAAUCUUCCUUCACAACAUUCAGAGUCUCAAUAAACAUUUUGUAUGUCUACAAAAAGAUGUUCGAUUCAGGAAUGCAGAUAUUAUUUGCAUAACAGAAACAUGGUUGAGAUCUGGACAAAAUGUCAGUGCAUUCGAAAUGAAUGGGUUUCAUUUUUACCAAGCUGCUAGAGGAGAUUUAUACGAUGACAGCAAUGCUCAAACUUUACAGUUGCGUGGAUCAAAGGGUGGAGGUGUGGCUGUUUACGUUAAAGAAACGGAACAGGAAAAUAUUGUCCAUUCACUUGAUGUAAAGAAUAUCGAAGGCAUAUGUGUGAAAUGUGUUUCAAAGGAAUUGGUAGUUUUGACUAUCUAUCGCCCAAACUCUUUAGAUAUUGCACAGUUUUUAAUACAAUUUGAAAAGGCGAUUGCACUUUACAAAUCAGUAUUUAAGUUCGUUGUUUGUCUUGGGGACUUCAAUGAGGAUGCCAGAUACGUAGGGUCUAUUCAGAAUUUUAUGAUUCAGCAAGGAUUUAGGCAAAUAGUUGAUUUUAAUACAACGGAAGGGGCAACUAUCCUUGACCAUGUGUAUUUGUCAACAUCUUUACAGGCAAAAGUGGAAAAAGUUCCAACAUUUUACAGUUACCACGAUGCCUUAAUGGUAACUCUUUUAACAAGCACAAUGAAUUAUCCAUAG